AACAAUUUUGUCUUGAUGGCCAACAAAAAAACGAAACUACAACAUAAAAAUAAUAGCGUCUCGCAAAAGGAAAUGUUAUUCCAAAAAAUUCCAGUCUGCCUGGCUAACUAACAAAAUAAUAAUAAUAGAAAUAGAAUUAAAUACCCAACUAUGGCUGACGCGUCAUAUGGAGCUCCAUAUAGAAAGAGAAAACCUUCUGGGUUAAUGAGUAACACAUCAGAUGAUGAAGAGGGAGGAGACAGAAAAUCUGCUAGGUUUGAGACAAAGGAGCAAUCAAAAGAACGGUUUGCAAGAGAGAAUCACAGUGAAAUUGAAAGGCGUCGGAGAAAUAAAAUGAAUGCGUAUAUUAACGAGUUAUCCGACAUGGUGCCAUCUUGUAAUGGACUUAUACGCAAGCCAGACAAACUUACCAUACUAAAGAUGGCAGUCAGUUACAUGAAAUCUUUAAGAGGUUCCCCGCCUCCAGCUGACAGCAAUUACAAGCCUUCAUUUCUAUCAGAUCAAGAACUAAAACACUUAGUACUUGAGGCUGCAGACGGCUUUCUGUUUGUGAUCACAUGCAAAACUUCAACAGUAAUCUACGUUUCAGAUUCAAUUACUCCAGUUUUAAAUCAAGCGCAGGUUGAUUGGAUCAACCAAUCAUUCUUCGACUUGAUUCAUCCUGAGGACGUGGACAAAAUUAAAGAUCAGCUUGCAACGGAAGUUAGCACGGAUACAAGGAUACUUGAUCUUAAAACUGGGAAUGUUCGUAAGGAUGGACCUAACGCAGGUAAUCGCUUAAGUGCUGGCUCACGACGAAAUUUUGUCGUGCGCAUGAGAUGUGGUACAUACGAAGGCGAUUAUGAAGAAACAGAUGCUCGUCUUAUUGAGAUACGAAACAGAUGCAAGGAAAAACGCAUAUGCUACAAAGAUGAUUCUUACGCUGUGGUACACUGCACUGGAUACAUACGGAACCUUGGCCAGCUUGCGGCGACCACGGAGGAAGCUGUUGAAGAUGGCAGUCCAACCUUAUCUUGUUUGGUGGCUAUUGGGAGGUUGCAGCCGACGAGCAUGCCUACAAGCAAAGACCUGAUCGAAGCUGCACCGGCUACGGAGUUUAUCACAAGACAAACUCUCAAUGGAAGGUUUAGUUUCGUGGACCAAAGAGUGACUGAUAUACUGGGAUAUCGUCCCGUUGAUCUGCUAGGGAAGAGUUGCUAUGAUUUCUACAUUCCGGAGGAUGUCGAGUAUAUGUCUGAAAAUUAUGAACAGGUUUUAAAAUUGAAGGGUCAGCCGUUGUCUAUACGAUACCACUUCAAACACGCAAAUGGCGAACCAGUUCUUCUACGUUCAAGUUGUUACAGCUUUCAGAAUCCAUACACUGACGAAGCUGAAUAUAUCGUGUGCACGAACAACAUAGUGAAAAACAAACCAGAACGUACGUACACGAAUAGCGCAAGUUCGGAACCGUUUGAUGGGUGUAAACCGUCGCCACGCGCCUCUGCAGAUGAGCAAGUGUCACCAAAACCUGCAGAAGUUGAUGUGACGUCUGUGAUCCAAGAAAGACCAGGAAUGUUUCCUUACCCUUACCAACUACAGCCAGCUUCUUGUAAGGACACACCAUCAAUAUUAGAGUCUGAAUUGCGAGCGAGAAACAAAAUCAAGCCUUGCCAACCUCGUCCAGUAAGCGGAAAAGAAUUUCUUCCUCAGGAUUAUUCUGAAGCAAUGUCAGAUGAAAGUGUUUAUCGCGGAGCGUCACAAGCGAGUGGAAUAUUGGCCAACAUGGCGCGAAAGCAUCAACAAGACGGGACAGGUAUGCACGUCACGCCUACUUCCGCUCCGACUAAAUGGACUGGUGUGUCGCCGCCGUAUUCGUUUGCAUCUACCAAUACGACGAACAUGGGUGUGAGAGAUUCGAAUCCUCGUGCGUUUGAACCACCGCAAGAUUUGGUCUCUUCAAUGGGAUCACAAAUGAAGGCGCCAAGAAACAUGGGCGGUAUUCCAAACUUCAAUCAACAACUUCAGGGUGCAGAUUAUACGUCGCGCUUGUACAUGACUAACACCGGGUAUAUGGAACAAGAAAACAGGCAAUCGCUUUUAUAUCCACAACAACAGACGCCGACUAUUUCUCAGUCAUCUCCUCAAGAAGGUGAUCGUCGUUUACCGACUUAUAAUUCCUCGUUACCGACAAACGAAUAUCAGUAUUAUUGAUCGAGUUGUUUUGGCCGGCUGUUAUGAUGGAAAUUUUGAAAAGAUUUUUUUGGAAGAGAACAGUGAUUUUCUUCAUUCUUUGCAAACAAUAUCACAUUUAAAUGUACGAUAUAAGGCAGCCCGCUGCAUUCAACUACUCGUAAUACUGCUACUUUUUAUUUUAGUGUACAUAUAGUUUUACUUAUAUUUGUUAAGACCCACCUUCUUUAUUCA